GAAGAAUAAUUCUGACUCCCUCAUUUACUUCACUUCUCCUCCAUCAAUAUAUUUCGUUGAUUGUGAUUAAAUUGCGCUUGCGAUUAACCAAAUUGUUGAAGAGAGUCGGACACUCGAAAUGUAACCAGAACAAUGAGUUUGACGAGAAAAUUUCCUCUAUCUUAUAAUGUUAAGAUCGAAACCACGUUGAUCUUAUUGAAAGAAUUAACAAUUAUCCAAUUUAAAGAUCAAUAAUUAACCUUUUACCGCAGUUAAUCACUUAAUCAAUUGAAAAUUGUUCCAUCAUCAAACCAACAACACCGAUAAUCACAAUCAACAUGUUAAUGUCUUUCUUUAUGUAGUAAACAUUUGAUCCAAACUGUUUCCCUCUUGUUAUGUUAAUUGUAUCCAUAGAGAGACAAUUAACCGAAUUCAUAUUCACUUAAAUCACUUGUAAAAUCUACCAAUAAUAUAAUCCAAUUAGAUCGAAGAUUAAUCAACAUUGAUAAUCCUUUUCUCUCUGAUUAAUCCUCGAGAAAAUCUUCUUAUUCUUAAAUAUGUUAUCAAUGAAUCUAUUGUGAAACAAAUGAUCAGACAUUCAAUUGAUUGACACAUACGAAUUAUCUAGUUUUCUCAAUAACUGAUCAUCAAGUUUAUCUAUCAUUUAGUAAUCUAACUAAUUGAUUUUAUCUGAGAGAGAAAGAGAGGAAUCAAAGGUAACCGGAAGUCCACAGAAUUCUCAUGAUGGAUGGAAGUUUGGAUGCUAUGACUCAUAAAUUUUCCACCGUUGAUUAUAUUGUGUUCAUUUUGAUGCUUGUCUGUUCCUCAGGAAUCGGAGUUUUCUAUGCAAUUAAGGGUCGCAAAAAUGAAUCAAGUAAAGAGUUUCUAACAGCCAAUAAAUCACUCAACUGGUUCCCUGUUUCGAUGUCACUUUUAGCCAGUUUCCAAAGUUCAGUGACGAUUCUUGGCUAUCCGGCUGAGAUGUACACCAAAGGAACACAGUUCUGGGUCGUAAUUCUGUCCGCCGUAUUUGCUUCAAUCACCGCUGCCGAACUGUUUCUUCCAGUUUAUUUCAACCUCUCAUUUACCAGCGUUAAUCGAUAUUUAACGAUGAGAUUCAAUCGUGACAACGUCCGAUUAGCCUCAUCAAUGGCGUUUCUCCUCGGUACCGUUCCUUACAUGGGUGUAGUACUUUAUGGACCUUCGUUGGCCUUAAGUUCAGUUACUCCGCUAUCGGUUACCGCUUCCAUCUUAAUCAUUGGUAUAAUUUGUACCUUUUACACUUCACUGGGAGGAAUCAGAGCUGUUGUAUGGACUGAUACAAUGCAAGUGGGCCUAAUGUACAUUGGCCUGAUUGCCGUCAUGUUAAGGGCUUUUUAUUUGGUCGGUGGAAUCGGUGAAGCUUUUAGGAUCGCUUAUGAAAGAGGCAGAAUUGAAUUCACCAAUUUUGAUCUUGAUGUUUCAAAGACCAAUAAUUUCUGGAAUUCAGUUCUUGGAAUGGGAAUCAUGUGGUGUGGUAAUUAUUGUACGACACAAACGGAGGUCCAACGUUAUUGUAACACUCAAAGUCAGAAAAAGGCCAAAUUAGCAUUAUAUGUCAAUCUAGUUGGUGUUAUACUAAUGAUUAGCUGUGCUUGUCUCUGUGGUAUCGGGGUAUUUGCUUAUUAUGCUGAUUGUGAUCCUCUCAAGGCCGGAAAAAUAUCCAAAACUGACCAGCUUAUGCCUUACUUUGUAAUGGACACUAUGUCUGAAUUUAAAGGUUUACCUGGAAUCUUUGUUACCUGUGUUUUCAGUGCUUCCCUUAGUACUUUAUCAUCCGGUUUCAAUGCUCUAUCAGCUGUUACAUGGGAUGAUUUUCUGAAAGAGACUCGACUUGGAUGUUUGAGUGAACAGCACCAGAAAAAUUUCAACAAAAUGACCGCCAUUUUCUAUGGUAUAUUAUCAAUUCUGAUGGCUUUCAUUGUCGGGCAAAUUGGCUCAGUACUAAAGGCUGCCAUUUCUUUGGCUGGUUGUUUAAUUGGUCCACUACUUGGAAUCUAUCUUAGUGCCAUUCUUUGCCCUUUCGCUAAUUCAAAGGGUGUUAUUUCGGGCUUACUAUCCGGAGUUUCAUUCGGAUUUUGGGUUCUCAUUGGAUCAUUAGUCUAUCCUGCUGAUGAUGAUUUUAAAGAAACUUCACUUACCGGGUGUCCACCCUUCUUCAUAUCAAAUUCAACCUUAAUUGUUGAUGAAGUUAUCGAAAGUCAACCUUUUUUCAUUAAAUUGUAUCAAAUUGCAUUUCUUCUUGUGCCUGUUUCUGGUUUUAUCAUAUGUCUUUUCGUUAGUUUUGUAGCAAGUCUAUUGACCGGAGGUUUGAAUGAUGUCAAACAUGUCGAUCCAAAUACGCUGAGCCCUUUGGUCUGGAAAAUUUGGCCUGAAUCGCUUUUACCUGCGAAAUUAACUAAUGUCAAAGAUAAAGAAUUUGCUGACAUUUCAAUAGGAGGAACAAAUUGUGAAACUUUGAUUACUUGAUAAUUAGUUAAAGCAAUUUAGGUUUAAUCUAUGGAAAUGAAUCUCAUUCAACUUUAAUUUCAAUUAAUUAACUCUUUUAUUAAUCAAUUAACUAUUAUUAUUAUUAUUAUUAUGAUCCUUAUUAUGUAUAUGGAGAUAUACAAGAUUAUUAUGUUGAUUUUUUAACGAAAUGUUAUUUUGUCAAGUAUAUAAGAAAAAACUCCAACAAUUUAUUAUACAAGCAUGUCAACAAUUAACAAUCAAACAAUUUAUGAUUUUACAAGAGUUAAGGGUUAAUCAAAUUCACAUAAGAACAAUUAAUUGAUUGUUGAUCCAAUCACUACACAAGAAGCUACAUUGAUGAUUAAACAAGAAAUACACACAAUUACAUUCACAAAAUUUGGAUAAUUAUCAUUAUACAAUUAUGAUUAUUAACUAUUAUUUAAUCGCAACAAUUUCCAUAAUUAUUAUUAAUCAUCAUGAUUAUACUAAUUACUAUUUACAAUUAAUUGCUAUUUGUUAUCGAUAUAAAUUUAAAGAAAAAGUUUACAAUAAGUAAAUUGAAUCAACAUGAACAAAUUGUUAUUUAACUAAUUAAAGACAAAGAACACGAUUAUUCCUAAAACAAGAACAAUCUAUCAUCAGUAAUUAAUUUCUAUCCGAGAAAAUCAAUCCAAACAAUUAAUCUAAUCACUUUUAAUGAAUUAAAUUAGUUUAUUUUUUUAAAUUUUACCGCGAAUUCGCCACUAGCGACACCUAUUUUCGAAAAAUUCAACUCUUAGUUGAAUAGAACGACAAUAGAUGGCAACUAAAGCUUCACAUUCUUUCAAUUGAAAUUAAAUUUGUUUCUAAAUAAAUUAAACUAAAUUGUUAAUUAGUAAAUUAAAGGCAAUUAAAUUAUCUUUUCUAUGUGUAAUUAUCCAUAGUAAGUCAAUCCUUUAUCUUGUGUUCUGUCAGAUUGGAAACAUUGAACAAUCAGUUUGGCCAUUAUUUUUAGUCUUUGCUAAAUUGCUUACAAUUUACUAAUUUAUAGACUGUGCCAUUGUGUAUUUGGUGGAAUCAAGGUUAGUCUCAACUAUUAAUACUAACGGACCAAUGGUGUUAAAUUAGAGCUUGUGGUUACAUCUAAUUGUAAUUGUAAUUGAUUGAGAAAAAACCUUGUGGUUUAAUUGUUAUCUC